UAUAUAUAUAUAUAUAUGCAGUGAUUAGAAAUUUUCAGAAAUUAGAAAGAAGAAAGCAGUAUCUGCUAGCUACGUCUUGGGAUCGAGACUCACUGCAGAGAUAGAGAUAUAUAUAUCAUCGAUCAAGAAGAGAAAAUUACAAAACUGGCAAAUAAUAAGUGGUGGGAGAGAAUAGAAGUGGGUAUGGCUGCAGGAUCAGGAUCAGGAGCAGCAGCAGCAGCAGAAAGUUCUAAUAAUCGAUAUCAUCAACAUCAACAUCAUCAACAUCAUCAUGAUCAGCUUCACAACCACCUCUUCUUAAGGCCUCAUCAACAAACUAGUACUGCCAAUAUUAAUAUUAUUGAUCAUCCCGCUCUUCUUCUUGGUCAUCCACCUCAAACAUCCUCAGAUUUUAAAGAACAAGAAGAUGACAAUAAUAAUAAUAAGAAGCCCCAACCCACCACUGAGGCCACAGCUUCCGCCUCCAGCCGCCGCUCCCGCGGCCGCCCUGCCGGCUCCAAGAACAAGCCCAAGCCUCCAAUUAUCGUCACCCGUGACAGCCCCAACACCCUCCGCUCCCACGUGCUCGAGGUCACAGCCGGCUCCGACAUCGUCGACAGCGUCUCCGCCUACGCUCGCCGCAGGGGGAGGGGAGUCUGUGUCCUCAGCGGCAAUGGCACCGUCGCCAACGUCACCCUGCGCCAGCCCGGGGGAAGCGUCCUCACUCUUCACGGCCGCUUCGAGAUACUCUCCCUCUCGGGGACGGUGCUUCCUCCCCCGGCGCCGCCUGAAGCGGGGGGGUUGUCGAUAUUCUUAUCGGGAGGGCAAGGGCAGGUGGUCGGCGGGAGCGUGGUGGGGCCCCUUGUGGCCUCUGGGGGCCCCGUGGUUUUGAUGGCGGCGUCGUUUGCAAACGCGGUGUUCGAGAGAUUACCCUUGGACGAGGAUGAGACAGGCGGUGGAGGCCAUGUGCAGCAGCAAUCGACGACGGCGUCGCAGUCUUCGGGCGUGACUAAUCAGCCGAUGACUGAGGGUACUGGAGGAAACAUCAGCGGAGGCGGAGUAGGCGGAGGGGUUUCCUUCUUCGGAGGCGGUGGCGGGAAUUAUCCCUUUUCUGGUGACCUAUUUGGGUGGCCUGGCGGUGGAAGUACUGCCAUCAGGCCACCGUUUUAGUCACUGAAACGGAGAAAUUCGAACUUUAAACCUCAAUCCAACCGGAGUUACUUGGUGAUCAAGAACUGGAUGUUUUUGAUUGAUGCGAAAUCUAUUGUUAUGUUAUGCAUAUGUACAAAUAAUAGAUAUAUAGAUGUGUAUGUUUUGU